CGUAGUCGAAGGCCCGUCCCCAGCCAUGCGCAUUGGAGUUGUUGUUGGGCUGGUUGUUAUGACUGGCCGAGGCCUCGGACUAAAUUAGGAGAGAAAGCCCGUCGCCGCACCGGGACACCCGCCAUGGAGGGCAUGGACCUGGACCUGGACCUAAUGCAGAAAUUCAGCUGUAUGGGCACUACGGACAAAGAUGUUCUCAUAUCUGAGUUUCAGAGACUUCUUGGGUUCCAACUUAACCCUGCCGGCUGCGCCUUCUUCCUGGACAUGACCAACUGGAACCUGCAGGCAGCCAUUGGAGCCUACUACGACUUUGAGAGCCCCAACAUCAAUGCACCAUCAAUGUCUUUUGUGGAAGAUGUGACCAUCGGGGAGGGGGAAUCUGUGCCUCCAGACACGCCGUUCACAAAAACCUGGAGGAUACAAAACACAGGGGCGGAGUCGUGGCCACCGGGCGUGUGUUUGAAGUACGUGGGUGGAGACCAGUUCGGGCACGUGAACAUGGUGAUGGUGCGCUCUCUGGACCCCCAGGAGGUGUGGGACGUCAGCGUGCAGAUGCGCAGCCCCGUGGCCCCUGGCAUGUACCAGGGCCAGUGGAGGAUGUGCACGGCUACCGGGCUCUUCUACGGGGACGUGAUCUGGGUGAUCCUGAGCGUGGAGGUGGGCGGUCUCCUCGGCGUGACGCAGCAGCUCUCCUCCUUCCAGACGGAGUUCAACACGCAGCCGCACCGCAGCGUGGAGGACGACUUCAACCCCUUCGCCUCGCCGCAGAAGAACAAGCACGUGUCCGGAGAGGACAGCCUGAACGACCGGGGGGGGCAGAACGGACUGUCACACAACUCUGUUAAUAUAGCACCCAACGGGCUCCAAAGCAACCUGUCAGUAGUGACUUAUAAACAGGGGAUUCAUGGACCCUAUCCUUUUGGACAGUCUUAAAACAUGGGAAUGUGUUUCGCUCAGCUGUGCUGCAAGGCAGUGUUGCCUUGGCCUACUGGGGGCAGGGGGGUUUGGGAGAGGGAGGUGGGGGUUACUGAAAUUUGAUAUUGACUCCUGAUAGACGCACCCCCGCCCCCCCACCACCACCCACCUCGCAAAACAACAAGUGAAGAUGAGACCUUUCUCAUUUCCGAUCUGCAGUUCAACAGACACCACCUGACGUAUGCAUGUGUGAAUGCUAACUUUAAAAGGAGUGCUAUAAAUCUUUUAAAAUUGAAAUACACAAGAUUGUUUUUUCUUUUUCCUUUUGGCUUUUAUUUAAAGUUUGUGUUUAUUUUAUUUCUUCUUUUUUUGUCACGACAGUAGCGUAGAGGCUGGCUUGGGUGAGAGAGGGUGUGUGCUUGUGUUUGUGUGUGAAUGCUACAUGCAGGGGGAUAAAAGCCAUUGAAAAGUCAUUUAGCCUACUGAGAAACUAGUUUUCAAACAGAUAUUUCACUUUUUAAUAGAAGUUCUGUUUUACAUUUACAUUUCGAUUAUGAUUUUAUGGUGUUUACUUUUUGGGAGAGAUUGUAUUCAAAUAUGCAAAUAAGCCUGUUUUAAACCACACUCUCAUCCUCUUUAUGGCUUAAUGCUUCUUGCUUACACUAAUUUCCCUUAAAAACGUACUGUUUUUUUACAGACAGUACAAGGAAAUACAGCCAAUAUCAGCAGCUAAUAUUUUUGUGAUCCAGCUGAGGGCGCUGUUGAUAAAAACUACGACUAGCCUAGUUGGGUUGUCACCUGAAAGAACUUUUAUUCAUUUGGCGUCCGCGCAUUCUGUCAGCAGUUUUAAAGUGGCUCUUGUCAUAUGAGGUCGAAAUGUGAUCCAAACUAGGCGACUGGGCAAAAGUAUUAUUGUACACCACAGCUCAGUUGUUGAAAGAUAGUCACGCAGUGCUGGUAAAAGAAAGCUUGCAUGUCUUUUUUUCCAUGCUUAAUUAAAGGUAAGAUUAAAAAGGUUAUUUUGUGGUUGAGUCGAUCCACCUGUCUGUGCGUCAUAGGUCAUCGCAUGCGGCCCAGUUACAAAUGUCUGUUUGCUCAACCCAAAGACAAACAGUCUCAACCUGACAAAGUUCCAUGAAUUUAAGUUCACAUCCAAUUAAUAUGAAGCUAAGCUCUGAAAAUCUUCUGUAUGCCUCCAAUAGACAGAACAGCUUGAGCUAAAGUUUUGGUGGUGCAUUAACAUUUAGGCCACACAAAACAGAUUUGGAAUAAACAUAUUAUUUUGUGCGCAAAAGAGUUUGAAUACCUUGCCCGAAUGUUUGUUUUCUUGCUUUAACUGGGCUGAUUGUCAAGGGUUUUGUUUAUUUUUUUUCCAUUGUGGAUUGGCAUGGUGAAUGGAUGAGAUGGAAGUCUUUAUAGAGUCCUAUGAUAGCAUAUUUACGAGAAAUAAGAAGGAAAAAAGGCAAAAUAAAUAAAAGCAUUUUUUUCCCAGUGUGUAUAAAUGAACAUUUGUAUGAUUAAAUGAACACUGAAAAUGGAAAAAAAUAA